UUCUACUUAAACUUUGAAAUCUAUAAAUUGAACAUUUCAUGUGCAUGGGAAGUAAAGAAUAAACCAACUGAAUAAAAAUGUUUGGGACUUUAUCAGAAGAGAAAGAAUUUAAGGUGCCAUCAAGCAAAGCUUGGGAGCUCUUUAGCACCCUCGAGCUAGCAAAGGUCCUUACAGGAAAAGUAUGUGAGGCGAUUGACGUUGUUGAAGGCGAUGGUGGCGUCGGCACCAUCCUAAAGAUCACCUUAAAGCCUGGGUUAGGCUUUGAGUAUUACAAAGAAAAGUUCACUAAAGUUGACAAAGAGAAUAAGAUCAAGGAAGUAGAAGUGGUGGAAGGGGGAUUUCUUGAUCUCGGGUUUAACUUAUACAGGAUCAGGUUCGAGAUCAAAGAGGAUCCUAGCGAUAAGACCGGGGGGUCAUCAUGUAUCGUGAAAACAACCAUCGAGUACGAUGUUAAGGAAGAGUUUGCUGCCAAUGCUUCCUUUGUGUCAACCGAGCCUUUGGCUGCUGUCCUCAGUAUUACAAAGGAGCAUCUUGAGAAAUCUGCUAAUUAAUUAACACAAAUAAUAAACGGGUUAUGUACGUCUAUUUUAUAUAUGGUCGAUCUUCUUGAAAUCGUUAGAAUAAUUAGUACUGCUUAAAGCAGCUGCAUUAUGACUAAUUAAUGAAUAAACGUGUUUGAUGUAAAACGCAUUACUGUAAUUUCGUUAUUGUACGAAUGUACGUUUAUUUAAAAUGUAACCAAAAUGUUAAAGCA